UACGCACCAACGUAAUGACGAAACGGUCAUAGCAACCAGCAUGGCGACGGAAAGGCAUUUCUGUAGCCCCGUUUAAGCUACUCGUGGUUACGGCUUUUGCGUGGGUUCGUUGAUUCAUUUACUGCGUGGACAUGUUCACAGUGGAGCCAGCCGGAGUUCCUGCAUUUGACCGCACACUUCCGGAGCUAGCGCGGGAUAAACCUGAAGAACAUGGGAUACGCUAAACUCAGCAUAACUAUGGAAUCGAGAACAGGAAGUGUAUCAUCUGGACGAGCUUUUAGUUUUAGCCCUGAAGUGAGAGGUCAGGCUUUAAAGAGUAGUUCUUUUCAUCAUCACUCCUCCAGCAAGCUGACACAGUCCAUCAUCAAAGACCACAUGGUGUCUCAUUACAAAAAGAUUUACUCUGCCAAAGCGGCAGUUGAUACCUCAGUUCCCAAAAGCUUGCUGCACAGUGUGAAAUACAAAGACCAGAUUAGGCGAGAGCAGCAGAGGAAAGAUGGACGUCCUCAAUCUGCCUACUCCUUCCCACAGAGGCAUAGCAGAGCUUCCUGCUCCUCGGCCCAGAGUAAAUUGUCAUUGCAGUAUGAUGACAGCCCCUACCUCUGCUCAAGGAGCUCCAUUCUCUCCAGCCCUCGGUUCAACACCUCUUUUAAUCCCAAUGAAACAGUUUAUCCGUCUUUUAAAGUCAGCUCCCAUCACACCCGUGCAGCAUCGGAGACAAAGUACCGGAGCCCAGAUGUGGCUCUGCAAAGAAAACAUUCAGCAUCUUCACUUGCAGCUUUGAGAGAUCAGCAUGGCUUCCAAACUUUCCAGGACCCCAUCCAGAAGACAUACAGUGGAGAUCUGCUGCAAAAACAUUCCCAGUGCUUUACUCAGGAGAAGCCUUUCACUCCCAAGACACUGAAAUCAGAAAGGAGUUCAUACCUGUCAAAGUAUCGCUUUUACAGAGCACCACAAAGAAAACAUGUCCAGGAUCAAAAACCUUCAAAACGGAAGCAGGAGACCCACCAUGAAAGCACAAAUAACAUGGACUACAACGAAGAACUGGACGAGCCAUCUCAGGAAUAUUCUACAGAGCAUGAGUGGACUGAAGAUGAGGCCAAUGACACUCAGUUGUCAGGACGACUGAGCAGAACAACUAAGAGCAGAGAUUGUUUGUUGGAGUCACUAAGCAGGGCUUCACCAGAAGAUAAUAAAUCUGCUUUUAGCCAAGUGUCUGCAGAGGAGGAAGAGUUGAUGUAUCUUGAAUUUAUUUCUGCCGUAACAAAAGAUAUUUUGUCAAGAGGGCACAUCUCUAACAGGGUCAUCGACCGUGUGAUGAAGAGGCAUAUCGAGAUGAAUCUGCAUAAACUCGAUGAGGGUAAAAUGCAACACCUUCUGGAAGUGCUGCAUAAAGAGCUGGAAGAUCCAUCCAACACAUUCCUCCCAUCAAAAGAGGCUGAGAGCAGAGAAAAUGAUAUGGUCGGUGCAAUAUUUUCCCAUCUGGACUUUGAAGGAAAGCACAGAAAGGCUAAAGAAGAAGAUAACGACUUGUUCCCUUAUGCGUCAUUUACUAAACCUGGUAUUUUAACAAAUGGAAUUGAUUUUUUGUCUUCAACACCUGUAUGCUCCCCUGAAAACACUACUACCUCUUCAAACAAGUUAUGUGGAAAAUUCAAUGAGAAUGUCCGAGAGAAGAGCAGAGCCAGUUUUUGUUUAUCUAGUGAAGAAGAUACCAGUGAUGUGGGAAUUGGCCAGCAGGACUCUGAUCAGGUAGAUGUCCCUGAAAGUAACAAUGAAAAACAGAAGCACACUUCGGAAAGCAGUGAUACCAGCAUUCUUUCUGGUAGUCAGUCUAAAGAGCUGGAUGAUCUGGGGAAAGGUCUGUCAGAGUGGCGUCUUUCCAGCAACACGCACUCUGAAACAGAAGAACCUACCAAAGAGCAACACAAAAACUCUGUCAGUGAUGAUGAAUUUUAAAUGUAACUGGAUAAAACAAGGUUUAAGUCAGUGUUAUUUCUGAAACAAAAAGUCAAAUUAGUCAUUUUUGAUUAUAUAGAUUUCUCAGACGUACAUAUUUUACUGCCAUUUUUCAUUGUUUACACAACCACUAAAGUUUGUAUAGUUCUCAUUUUAUUAAGUUACACAAUUUGGAUUUAGAUUUUUUAAGUUUAAUUUGGUCUACUUGGCUAAAACUGCAACCUCCUUCCAACCAGCAGAGCAAUGCUCUGCACUUUUUUAAUUAUUCACCUUGUAGCUAUUUGUUAACUGUUAUGUAUGUUACUUUAGUUUUCAGCUGAUUUCUUAGUUUAUUUGUUUUCUAUGGUUGUGUGGCUGUUCUGAUUUAAAGCAUGCCUCUGAAAUGUAGCAACUUAAAAAUGACUAUCACCAGAAAGUGUCUUUCAAUUAGCAAUAAAUCUGUUUUUCCUUGC